AUGUCAGACAUUGACGAGAAAGCUGCCCCUUCACCGGCUCACAGCGACCAUGAGCUGGACAAGAGACCCCUUAUUGGCGCCAAAUCCCCUGGUGUCGUUAGGAUCGAGGCCAUUUCAGCGCACAUCACCUUUACGAACCGCAUCUUCAUCUUCUUUGGACUCUUUCUGAUCGCCUAUGCUUAUGGAUUGGAUGGCACCCUACGCGGCACGUACCAGCCCCAGGCUACGUCGAGUAUGGGCGGCCAUUCGCUCUUGGCCACCAUCAAUGUCGUCCGCGCUGUCAUCGCCGCUGUUGCUCAGGUAAAUUAUACAUCUCAACCUACCGCUGCCAAAAUUGCCGACGUCUUCGGCCGUGUCGAGUUGACCCUCGUCUCCGUCUUCUUCUACGUCCUCGGCACGAUCAUCGAGGCGUCCUGCAAGAACAUUUCUGGAUUCGCGGCUGGUGCCGUCUUCUACCAGAUUGGAUACACCUCCAUUAUUCUGCUCGUCGAAGUCAUCAUUGCUGAUACUACUUCCCUGAGAUCACGUCUCUUUUUCUCCUACAUCCCAGCAGCCCCGUUCAUCAUCAACACCUGGGUCAGCGGCGAUGUCGCAUCCGCAGUCCUAGGCACCACAACGUGGCGCUGGGGAAUUGGCAUGUGGUGCCUCAUCUACCCGAUCUGCGCUCUUCCGCUCAUUAUCUCACUUUGGUGGGUAGGUCGAAAGGCAAGGAAGUCGGGUGCUCUUGCCGCUUACAAAUCUCCGUAUCAGCGUCUUGGUGGCCUUCAACUUGUCAAGUCGAUCUUCUGGCAAAUGGACGUUCCAGGCAUUGUCCUCGUUAUCAUCGUAUUUGGUUUCAUCCUUACGCCGCUUACAAUCGCUGGAGGUGUUGUUACUCAUUGGGGUAAAGCCAAGAUUAUCGCUCCGCUCGUCAUUGGCAUCUGCUUCAUCCCAGUUUGGGUUUUAUGGGAAAUGAAGGCUCCUCACCCCAUGGUUCCUUUCCAUCUUCUCAAGGACCGCGGCGUUUGGGGAGCACUUGGUAUUGCGACCUUCUUGAACUUUGCGUGGACAUGCCAAGGAGAUUAUUUGUACUCCGUACUUAUUGUCGCUUUCAACGAGAGCGUCAAGUCUGCGACGCGCAUCUCAUCGCUUUACAGCUUCUGUUCCGUCAUCACUGGUCUCCUUCUCGGCCUAGUCGUUUAUAAGGUCCGUCGCCUGAAACCUUUCAUCCUCUUCGGUACCUGCCUCUUCAUGGUCGCGUUCGGCCUCCUCAUCCACUUCCGUGGCGGUGCCGCCAGAACCUCCCAUUCCGGCAUUAUUGGUGCCCAAAUCCUCCUCGGUAUCGCAGGUGGCUUCUUCCCCUACGUUACCCAAGCAAGCAUCCAGGCCGCAACCAAGCACGAGCACGUUGCCGCCAUUACAGGAAUCUACCUCGCAUGCUACAACGUUGGCUCUGCGCUGGGAAACACCGUCUCAGGUGCCAUAUGGUCACAAGUCGUCCCUCGCGAACUCGAGCGCCGGCUCGGCAAUGCUACCCUGGCCACUCAGUGGUACGGCAGCCCGCUUGAUCUCGUCCCACUGUUCCCACCUGGUACAGCGGAGCGCGACGCUGCCAUAGACGCCUAUAAGCACGUGCAGCGCUUACUAUGUAUCACUGGUAUCUGCCUGUGCGCGGUGCUCAUUUUCUUUGCAUGCUUCCUCAGGGAUCCCAGGCUUCCGGACACUCAAUCCCUGCCCGAAGCCGAGACCGGUCUUCAAAGCACUGCUGAAGUAUCCAAUGGCGAGAAGAAGAAGAGGACCUUGGCUUUCUGGAAGAAGUAAGCCAUGUUUUUGUUUGAUAUCCCAAAAACUGUUCGAACUUUUAUGAACGGGUUGACGAAUAUUGAAACGGAGUCUGGGCUAUCUAGAGCUUUCGUACGAUGUUUGGAAACUCUUUUUUCCUUCACGGUAACGAUAGAAGGAAGCUAUGACAUAUACGUCGCAAUGAUGUUGCAAGCUGUAAAGGUCUAUGCUAUAGCAAAAAAUAGGCCUAGUGCCUUUAUAUACUCUGGGUUAUUGCGCCCUCUUAUUCUUAAUUUCUAAUACACUGUACGAUUACUAUC